AUGGGUGACGCUACCUCCUACGACUUCUUGUUCAAAGUCGUCCUCAUCGGUGACUCGGGCGUAGGGAAAUCGAACGAGUUCAACAUGGAUUCAAAGUCUACGAUCGGAGUCGAGUUUGCAACCCGUAGUAUCUCGGUUGAUGGCAAGACGAUCAAAGCACAAAUCUGGGACACUGCUGGUCAAGAGAGGUACAGAGCAAUCACGUCGGCCUACUACCGAGGCGCAGUCGGAGCUCUGCUGGUCUACGAUAUCUCUAAACACCCAACCUACGUCAACGUCCAAAGGUGGUUAAAAGAACUCAGAGAUCAUGCGGACAGUAACAUUGUCAUCAUGCUCGUCGGGAACAAGAGCGAUUUGCGACAUCUGAGGGCCGUGCCCACCGAAGAAGCCCAAUCUUUCGCCACAGAAAACAAUUUGAGCUUCAUCGAAACCUCUGCGAUGGAUGCUAGCAAUGUCGAAACCGCAUUUCAAAAUAUCCUUACGGACAUCUACCGGAUCGUAUCCAGUAAAGCACUAGAAUCAUCGGCAGAUGCAGUAGGACCCACGUCGGGCUCUACGAUCACUGUCACGCCUACUUCCGAUGACGCCUCAAAAGCAUCCGGUGGUGGCAAGUGUUGCUGA